UAAACUGAACUAUACUAGAAGUAAGUGUGCAUUUAUAUUGUGGCUACGAUAAACGACAAGAACAGUUGCACAAAAUUCGUUUCUAUGGUAUGCCGUUUAUAUUGAAGCUUGAAGAAUAGCGACGAUCUCUAUCUUUUAGUGCACGAGAGUCACUGAGAGAUUGAUGAAAACAAAUGGUUUAAAAUACUUUUUUUUAAAUGAGUAAUUCUGAAGAAGAAAUAUUUUUAGAAUCAAAUGUAAAUUAAAACAUCAAAAAAACGCAAAUUCUUUGCACACCCAAUAAAUACAAUUGUUAAAAGAGAAUUACAUUAUUGGAAAAAACUAACCAUUAAUAUGGAUAAAGAUAAUAGUGAAGAAAGACUCGUAGAUUAUCUAAAAUCAGCUAGAACAUCUUUGGAACAUCCUGAUACUUUUGAAAAAAUUCACAUUGUACUAGGAAAUGAAUCUUGUGACUUGGAUUCUAGUAUUUCUGCCACAAUUUUGGCUUUCCUAUUACACAAGACUAGAUUAAAUGGCAUUCCUGAGGAUGCCUUAGUAGUUCCAAUACAGAACGUUUCUAAGGAAAACUUCCUCAUCCGUUCAGAUAACUGCAAUAUCUAUCAGGAAAUUGGUAUACCACUGGGCCUUUUGAUUUACAAGGAUCAAAUUGAUAUAGAAGACUUGGUAUUGUCCAAAGAUGUUACUACUACUCUUGUAGAUCAUCACAUGUUAUCAAAAGAUCUUGAAAUAUUAGAAAGUACCGUUGUGAAUAUUUUUGACCACAGACCACUUGAGUCUGGUACAAAUUGGGACCAAAAUAAAGUUGAGAUUGUAAUGAAUGAAGUCGGUUCUUGUUCAACCCUGAUAACUGAUUUAUUUAUAUCUUCAGCUGAGCAGUUACUGUCUAAAGAAUUGGCCUAUUUGUUGUAUGCAACUAUAGUUGUGGAUUGCAAAGCUUUGGAUUCAAGCAAAGGUAAAGCAAGAGAACUAGAUUGCAAAAUGGCUGAACUUCUGGAAAACAAAUAUAAUUUUAACGAUACAAGACAGACGUUAUUUAAAAAAAUUAUGAACUUACGAACCAACGUUUCAAAUUUAACUCCUAAGCAAAUACUUUAUAAAGAUACAAAAAUAAUCAAGGGUGUACCAGUGCCUAGUUUACCCAUGCUGGUUGAAAAUUUCCUAAAAUUAAAAGGUGGUUAUGAGGCUUUGAAGGAAUUUGCAGCUGAAUCAGGCACUUCAGUAGUUGUGCUGAAAGGAGCAGAUAGAGGUAGAAAAGACGUCGCGGUGUUUGGUAAUGCAGGUAGUGAGGAAUUGAAAGCAAAUAUUUUGGAAGUAUUUUUUAAUAAUAAAGAAUAUGAUUUUCAAUUUAGUAAGCAGAAAACAAUUUACAGAAACAUAACGUUACUGAAUCAGGGUAACCUGAAAUUGUCUAGAAAGCAGUUGGUACCUUUAAUCGAAUAUGCAUUAUCUAAUAAUAGUGUUAGGUUAGGCUAGGUUAUAUAUAAUCAAAGUGAAUGUAAGUAGUUAGUAGUGGUAUUAGGUAGUAAGCAAUAACAAGCUUCACAUCCUACUGGAGGAGAAAUCUAGAAGAAACUGUCGAAUGUAGAUUUGGUCAAGAAAUUGAUAAAAGCGGAAAUAUCCAACCCCUCGUCGCAACAGAGGUUGAUUAAAGCUUUAGAACUGGUAGGUCAGCUGUUGAUGUCAAACAAGUUUGGUAGAUGGAACAAUGGACCUUAAAGUUGUAACCUGUACUUAUGCUUGGACUUGGGUGAAAAAAUAAAAGGGGUGAGGUUGACCAAGCAGUAUAUAUAAUACAUCUUGAAAUUCAUUUUUUGUUAUAAAAUGGUUGGAUUGCUAUAUCACAGAUUCAUUCAACAGAAAAAAACAAUCAACAAUUUUAAAAAUGUUUUAUUGAUCAAUCAUGAAAAUAUAAACAUAUCAAAUUAA